AAAGCUAAAGUUAGCAGCGUUCAAGUUUGGCACAGAUGAUGCGAGUUAAGCUUAUAAACAACAUAAGAUAACUAGGUGUAUUGGCAGACACACGAUGCUCAGAGUGAGAGCUGCGCCUGUACUGAAGUGUCCCAUUGAGUUUCCUGAAGUGGACUUAUCUCCUACCAUCCCUUCUCGCUUUUGACUCUUUCCUGGACCCAGACAGGGCUGAGCGCCACACUCAUCCUGCCCUCCUCACACCGGAGAGGCCUCUCUCUUCUGGCUCAGUCCCACACUCAAAGCAGAGUGCUGCAUGAAUCUCAAGGGCAGACGCCUUGCGUUUCCAGUGUUAUGGCAUCAGUUUGUCCAAUCAAGCCUGAACGUCCUGUUUUAAGCCUGGGCAAGGAAAGGGAUGGAUCCAGGUCAGUAUUUUGAAGAGCUGCAAGGCACUGAAGAUGAUGAUGGCGUCGGUGUCACCUCCUGGGUUUCAGUGUGUCCAAGAGGUCUCUGGAAAGUCCAGAAAAAGCGAACACACAAAGGCAAUCAACAGACUGUUUUUAACUCUGGAGAUGGUGCAUCAUGUUCAUCCAGAUACUAUCCAAGAUUGGGUUCACUGUGCCAAGUCCAAGUCCAACUCCAAGCUAACAUGGAUGAAACGGAGAGUUUAGGAUCUGAAAAGGGAAAUGAGAAACUAUCAGUCCAACCUGACCAAUCAGUGACUGAGGUUACUGAAGCAAAGGCCACCGCCUUCCCAAGGUGUCAGGAUUCUGUGCUGCAGGUCCCGCUGGGUGACUGGACAACACUGAGGCUCGGUGAGGGUCAGUGCGACAUCACAGAAGCAUGUGUGGAGGGGAUGAGAGUGGGAGAGAAAUGUGAGAUUUUGAUCUCUCCAGUGGGACCAGAUGUCUCUGUUCCACGUGCUUCUGAGGAAAACCUGCCUUUUAGUGCCACAGUUGAACUCAGAGCUUUCACACCAGGCCAGGAAUCUUGGCAGAUGCCUCCUGGUGAGAAGUGGCAGUGGGUGAAGUCACACAAAGGGAGGGGUGGUGUGAGAUUCAGGAGUGGGGAUGUGUGGGGAGCAGCAGACAGCUAUAGCCGGGCCCUCAAACUCCUCAUCACACUCCAUGUUCAUGUCAGAGAAGAGGAGAAGAAAGGCGAAGAGCAAGAUACGGAGGAGCAGAGAGAUCCAGACGCUGAUGAUAAAACACAGCAACUUCCUUCAGCUAAUGAAUUCAAAACUAGCAAAGCAGAACUUCACUCAAACCUGUCCUUGUGUCAGCUCAAACUAAACCAACCGGAGCGGGCAAAGGCCAGUGCGGCCAAAGCCACUCAGCUUGAACCGGGGGGAACUAAAGCGUGGUACCGAAUGGGCCAAGCCUGCCAGAUGUUGAAUGAGCUGGAGGAAGCCAGGCAGGCAUUUAGGAAACUACUGGAGCUGCAGCCUGAAUCACCUGCUGCUUUGAAGGCACUGAAAGACAUAGCAAGAAGAGAGAAAGAGAGAAAUGCACAAUUGGGACUUAGACUCAGCAAAAUGUUCAGCUGAAGUAUGAAAAUUAUCUGUAGAAUGGUAUGGUUCUUCUCAUGAAUCACUAAAUGGAUUUUGCAUCUAAAACUACUGUCAUCUCAAAAGUAAAAACAUUGCUCUGUGAAAGCA